AUGUCCAAUACGUCUUCUAUAGACGCAAGCUCGCCCACUACGGCAUGUGCCGUUUGCGAGGCUUCCAAUCCUGCUACUACUAAUACUUCUUCCACUUUCAUAUGUGAAGUUUGCAGUGAUAUUAUCUCGGCAUCAUAUGAUAUCGCUGAUGAUGAAAUGCUCACCAAGGUUACAAUGGAGAAAUAUGAUGCUUUCUACAAACAAUUUGAGUCUGCUACUAAUUCCGAAUUACCGAAUUAG